CACGCUUCCUUGGGAGGAAAGACGUGAGGGAGGGGUCUGGAGAACGAUUGGAACUUCGGAGGCCGGGAGGUCUUGUGGCUCAAACCUGUCGCACGCAACGGGAACCUGGUGUCCAGUGAGGGGUGUGGGCUGGCACAUGUUGAUAUCAGAUUUUCCAGAUCUCUUACUUCUAGAUUGGGCCGGCACUGGAGGCACCGUGCCAUUAAGGGUAGAACCAGACUUAAAGCCACAACUGGGAGCAUUUAGGACCAAACUUUGUCCCUGGUGGGAGCGAGCAGGCCGGUGAAGCGGGGCAGGCCUGGGCUUGCCUUGGGCUGCAUGCAGGCACUGGCCUAGCCCUGAGGAUAAAGUCCGACCGGGUUUCCUGUGGGCGUUUUAAGGCUUUUCUGUGAUUCAUUCAUCGUUCAUUCAUGUAGCGAUCAUUGAAUACUGUACUAGGCGCCAGUAAUAGGUAGAGAAGUGAUCAAGACGAACACUAUUCCUACGAUCCAGGCAGGGAUAAUAAUGGGCUGUAGAAGCCCUGGGCGGGGAGGAACAGGGACAGCUUCCUAAACUAAAUCGUGAACGCUGGUCAGGAGUGGUGGGGAGUGUUCCAAAGAGAAAACAGCACGUGCCAAGACCUGGAACGUGGAAGAGAGUCUGGUGUAUCCUGGUCACUGGAGAUACUUCUCUCUGAAUCUCAGUGCCCAAGGAAGAGAUGAUGGUGACUCAGGCUAGGCAGCUAACAGUGGAGAUGGAGAAAAAUCAAGGAAUUCUAAGUACUGUAUAUUUAGGCAGCAGAAUCCACAGGAUUUGGGGGGAAUGGGAUGUAGGAAAGAAGUACUACAUACAAGGCUUGGGUACCUACAUGGGGUUCAUCAGAGGAGAAGCCGAUUUGUGGGGAGACAACAACAAAUUCUACUCUGGUUGUGUGGAGACUCCCAGGAAGCAGUUGGAUAUUCUAGUUUGAAGGCCGUGCCACCAGGCUGCUGUGUGACCUCUGACGAGUCUUCUCCACAUGUAAAGUGUUGUGAUGGCCACCAGCUGGGAAAGCUUCUUGCAGGAUGAACAGCAGCUGGAGGAGCUGGCACGGCAGGCUGUGGACCGGGCCCUGGCUGAGGGAGUGUUGCUGAGGACCUCACAGGAGCCCAGCUCCUCAGAUGUGGUGAGCUAUGCCCCAUUCACACUCUUCCCCUCAGUGGUCCCCAGUGCCCUGCUAGAGCAAGCCUAUGCUGUGCAGAUGGACUUCAACCUGCUAGUGGAUGCUGUCAGCCAGAACGCUGCCUUCCUGGAGCAAACUCUCUCCAGCACCAUCAAAAGGGAUGACUUUACUGCUCGUCUCUUUGAUAUCCACAAGCAAGUCCUGAAAGAGGGCAUUGCCCAGACUGUGUUCCUGGGCCUGAACCGCUCAGACUACAUGUUCCAGCGCAGCGCAGAUGGCUCCCCAGCCCUGAAACAGAUUGAAAUCAACACCAUCUCUGCUAGCUUUGGGGGCCUGGCCUCCCGGACCCCUGCUGUGCAUCGACAUGUUCUCAACGUACUGAGGAAGACCAAAGAAGCUGCCAAGAUCCUCUCCAAUAAUCCCAGCAAGGGACUGGCCAUGGGAAUUGCCAAAGCAUGGGAGCUCUACGGCUCAGCCAAUGCUCUGGUGCUACUGAUUGCUCAAGAGAAAGAAAGGAAUAUAUUUGACCAGCGUGCCAUAGAGAAUGAGCUACUGAGCAAGAACAUCCACGUGAUCCGGCGAAGAUUUGAAGAUAUCUCUGAAAAGGGGUCUCUGGACCAAGACCGAAGGCUGUUUGUGGAGGGCCAAGAAGUUGCUGUGGUUUACUUCCGGGAUGGCUACAUGCCGAGUCAGUACAGUCUACAGAACUGGGAAGCACGCCUGCUGCUGGAGAGGUCAUGUGCUGUCAAGUGCCCGGACAUUGCCACUCAGCUGGCUGGGACAAAGAAGGUGCAGCAGGAGCUGAGUAGGGUGGGCAUACUGGAGGUGUUGCUCCCUGGCCAGGCUGAGGUUGUGGCCCGCCUCCGUGCCACUUUUGCUGGCCUCUACUCAUUGGACAUGGGUGAAGAAGGGGACCAGGCCAUCACUGAGGCCCUUGCUGCCCCUAGCCAGUUUGUGCUAAAGCCCCAGAGAGAGGGUGGAGGUAACAACCUGUAUGGAGAGAAUAUGGUACAGGCCCUGGAGCGGCUGAAGAACAGUGAGGAGAGAGCCUCCUACAUCCUCAUGGAGAAGAUUGAACCUGAGCCUUUUGGGAAUUGCCUUCUACGGCCUGGUAGCCCUGCCCGAGUGGUCCAGUGCAUCUCAGAACUGGGCAUCUUUGGGGUCUAUGUCAGGCAGGGAAAGACACUUGUGAUGAACAAGCACGUGGGGCAUCUACUUCGAACCAAAGCCAUCGAGCAUGCAGAUGGUGGUGUGGCAGCAGGAGUGGCAGUCCUGGACAACCCAUACCCUGUGUGAAGGCACAACCAGGCCAGCUCCAACUUCGCUCAAGAGACCUCCUAUCCCCUGUACUUGUCAUUCCUCUCCUAUCCCUCUCGAGGGGCUGCCCUUAUGGAAGGGUAAAUGCUGGAACCUUCCCCCAGCUUUCCAUCUGAGGAUGAACAAAGCUCUAUUUCCCUAAGAUCUAGAGGCCCCCAAAUCCUUGGGAUGUAGGUACAGCUGAAGGGAAGCUGCUCUAAGAUAAAGGUCCACAAAACCCUGCCCCACUCCUGUAAGCCUCUCAUCAAGCCUUUUCAGAGAGCUCCAGUGCCUGACUUGGGAUAGGACCAAGUGGUGGGAGGAGAGGGAGUGAAGGGGCAUAGCCUUUCCCCAGCUCUGCUUUAAAUAAAACUGCAUUGCUGAUUCA